AUGCGUUCGACGGCCAAGUGGCAGCUCCCGAUUCCAUUACACCGCUCCAUUCUUCGCGUCGCCGCCCAGCCGGCCUUGAAGGGCAUCCAGGCACGAUGUCUUGGCGUGCUCUGUUUUGAGUGCCAGGAUACGGUAGAGUUCCUGAAUCACAGUGCCCGAUCGCUUGUGCGCGUAUUUUGUGAUCUUCUGAUAGACGAUUUCCGUGAAAGCGUCAUGGUCCGACUCGACACCCACGGGAUCUUCGAGGACUACGCCAACUUUUUCUUGGAUAAGCUCAGUGACGAUGCCCUUCUCAUCUUUUCUCUGGUUACUUGGCACUUCGAUGCUUCGCUACGCAAUUUUCCGACGACACUCUUGCCUCCCUCGUCUCUUCUGCUGUAUUUCAUUAUAUCGAGAAACGACGAAGAACUGUGCGAGAUCCUAUGGAACGGCUAUACCCACUCUUCAGGCCGCGAAACAUCGUUGGAGGUUUUCACAACAAAGUUUAAGAGGCUUAUUGGUCUUAUGACGGAGGGAUUUCUUCGUUUUCUUUGUCCUCCCUAGGGAAGUAUAGUCCGUUAAUUGUACCAUAUCCCUGGCAAGCAUACGUCAUCCAAACGAGCACACUCUCAUUUCGUCUUUCAUAUUCAACUAGCUCUGAGCGAAACUGAAGA